AUGAUCGAGGAUGAUGUCUCGCAGUCAUUUGAGGACGCACACUCUUGCGUCCUUUUGCAUCGAUCGAUGCACAUGUAUACAAAAUAAGAAUGCACACACAUACACACAUACGCGUAAUAUACACAUUCACCUUUCUCUGUUUCCUCCUGUGUGCUUCCGCCUUUGUUUUCGUUAUCGCCACAUUCCCGUACAUUUUGCCACUUUACGAACAUCGCUUCGGCACGCAUACCGCACGCUAGCCCCAGGAUAACAAGGACGAGUCUACUUGGCGAGAUGCAUUAGAGGCGAAGAACCGUGCUGUGAUCGAGCUGGAAGGAACGAUGAAACAUCUCCAGAUGGAGCACAACAAAUGCAAGGACUUAUUGGGUGACGCGAAACACAUUGAAUCGUGGAAGGAUGAGACGGAGACGCUGAAUCAACACAUUGUCCAGCUGGAGCAACAAUUGAAACGUUGCGAGGGCCUAAAAAACGACAUCAACGGGCACGGUAAAACAAACAAGGAUACCGAAAUACAGAUGAAAAAUGCGUGUCAAAGUUGUUGCAAUCCGCACGCGAAAGAUCGGUACGUUCUCGCGCUGGAGCAACAACUGGCAGCCUUGAGGAAUUCCUUGAAGACACCCACGAGCGUAACGAAAUCCUCAGAGAAGGAUACCAAUGACGAGAAGACGAACGGGAAAGUGGAGGAGUCCUGGAAGCAGGAGAUUGAAGCGAAGAAUCGACACAUCGUCGAGCUGGAGCUGAAAAUAGCGUCGUUGGAGAGUCUUCUACGGAAAAACGUGGACGUGCAGAAAGUGCGCGAUCUCGAGAAGAGGAUCGACAGGAAAUCCAAACGUAUCGCCGAACUGGAGGAUGCCGUGGAAGAGCUCGAGGACUUUCUCAAGGAGGACGUAAAGGAAAUGCGUGAUCUGCAUUAUCAGGUAUCGCUUGAUAAGGAGCGCAUUAUGAAACUGGAGAAGUGGAUUCAGAAGAAUAAUCUUACAAACGCGGGGAUCGAUAAAGCGAGAAUUAUAGAGCUGGAGGAGAUGGUUACGAAUCUGGAGGAUUACGUCAAGGAACACGAUAUCGACGGCCUUAAGCGAAAGCUGCAGGAUCGGGAAUGCAGAAUUGGUCAAUUGGAAAAUCAAAUUUCUGAGCUGAAAAAGCUGUCGAAAUUCAAGGAAAAUAGAUCAGUCAGAGACACCCCGACGGAGAGCGUUCCAUCUAACGACGGAGUAGCAGCUUGUGAGGUGGAAGAAAAGGAACAAAAGAUAAAGGAUACAACGCAGACCUUUUUAGAAGAGGAUAACAAAAUUCACGAGCAGGAGGAGAGGCUAAAAAUAGAGGUACGAGAAAAGGAGCAAAAAAUGAAGGAAAUGGAACACGACAUUUCGGAAAAGGACAAUAAAAUCCAGAGAUAUGAACAGCAGAUCAUUGAGCAACAAAAUAAGAUUUCGAAAAUGGAGAAGGAAAUGAUCGAGAUGGAAGAAGAAUUAUAUGAAAUGGAGGACGUUAGCGCGCUGAAAGAAGAGAUUAGACUGAGAAACCAGAGGGUGCAAGAGCUUGAAAUGGAGGUCAAUUCUUUGGAGACUUCGCUUGGCGAGAGAAUUGACGUCGCGAUCGAGGAGCUCAUCGCCACCCUGAAGGAGAAGGAGGAAAUAGAGCUUCAGCUGAAGAAGAACCUUGCAGAUAAAGGGCGUAAAUUAGAGGAGUUGGACGCGGCUCUUCGUCAGAACAUCACUAUCACGGACGAGAUUGAGGCGAAGUUCAACUGCGAGAAGAAACUCAGAAAAGAAGCUGACCAAAGAAUCACCGAGAUGGAGGAAAAAAUCGCAGUCAUGCAGGCUGCUUCAGCCACAAAAUGCAUUACAUGUAAGCCUCUCCUUUACAAGAUAUUUAAGACUGAAGAGAAGCUCGUUCAAUCGAAUCAAGAGAAAACGGUUCAACUUCAAGAGUUGCAUCAAAUUAGACGUGAAGCUUUAAAAGCUGCUCUUUCCGAAAAGGACGCUCAUUUAGCUUUGUUGGAACAUUCAGGUAUAAAAACUCCGAUACAAGCAGAUCAAGCGGCAAAACUAAGAAUCGAUAAGCAAAUAUUACUUGAGAAAUUGAGAGAAGAGGACGAAAAAAUUAUGAAAUUGGACUGCAAACAGGAAACAACGUCACAACUACUUCAAAAAAGAUUCAAGAUAUCCGACGUCAAUGAAGACAGUAAUGAUAACAAUAAUAAUUCCUUUGACGACUGUUUUAGUAGAAUCAGUUCACCGAAAUCAAUUGCGGUAAAUGGUGACAGCUCAUCGACAUCAUCUAUCUCAAGCUGCAAGUAUUCGACAAGGACGUCGAUGGAGUCCGAUUUAAAAGAGGAGGAUCAAUCCCGGAUUCAUCAGCAGGAUACCAGAUAAGUACUCGAGGCCACCUACGGUAUUUCGAAGUAUCGGUCCCUUCGUUACCUUAAUGUUGUCAUACGCACACACACCCGCGAACGUAGAGGCAGUAUGUAGAAACGUAGCGAAAGACAAAGAAAACGAAAUAGACAACUGCAACAGCAAAACUCAAAUACACCACCAAUAUCAACAACUACAGCAACAGCCAACACCCCCGCCUGUGCCGCUCAUCACGCAUCUAUCUUCAUCACCAUCAUCAUCUUCGUCAUUAUUCUACAUCUUUCACUAUAAUCGGCAUUUUAUUAUUCACGCGAUACUUAAUGAUGGAAAGAAUUGUCAAGAUCGAGAAACUAGAAGCUUCUUGAGACUGUUGGUAAUCCAAAUAGGUAACAUUUGCUGGUUUACCACGAAUGAAAUAUAAUAACAAUGGAUGUAACGAUGGUUUCGGACAUUUUAUUCUGACACAAAAGUGCUAUAGGUGUUUAUCUUUUUCUCCCUUUGACAUCAGCGAUAUUUGGAUUGUUGUAGGCGUCAUAAUUGUUUAUUGCAAUAAUGUAUUAAAAUAUGCGAAUUGUUAAAAACAUAUGACAUUGUUAAAAAAUUGAUAAUUGAUUAGAAGAAAAUUGUUUUAUAUUUAUUUCUUUGAUACAUUUAAUUUUGGGUAUGUAAAUUAGCUCUGAAAAAUGAAAUAAAAAUUAGAUUAAUGUUUCAAUAUAAUUGAAAAAAAUAAGAAAUAGUACCUGGGGACUGGAGUUUCUUGGAUUUUAAUAUUUUAAACAAAUUUUUAUAUUUUAUUGAUUCGAAUAUUCUAGGAAAUCCAAAUAUUUAUAAGAGCUUACUUUUAAUUCUUUGUUUUGUGCUAAUCUAAUUUGCUUAAAGAAUUUAACAGUUUGAUAAGUUUACAUAUACAUACAUAUAUUGGUAUUCCUUAAUAUAUAAAUAAAAUUACAAUUGAGAUAAAUUAUAUAAUCGUCCUGUCGUUUUCGUCCUAAAGAAAAAAGUGAGUAAAUUUAAAAAAUUGAUAUAAAAAUUUAUAUACAUGAUGUUGCAUUCAUAAUCAAAGAAGUUAGCUUUACUCAUGUUACAAUAUUAGUUUUAUUCUUUUCACUUGCGUUUAUUUCAAUUUGUGAGAAUCAAUUGGGAAACGAUCAGAUUUUAAAACCAGCGUCUGUGAUUUCGGAAAUUAAUAUUUAAAAAAUCAAAAAGUUUGAGAAAUAUUUCCGGAUGUAUUACCUCUAGAGUGUCGCGUUAAAUUAUUGCAAUCGUCUAACCGCUAAUCGCAAAUGUGGGAAUACGCAGAAGGAUACGCCGUAAGUACCAGUACGCGACGUGCACGUGAUCAGAAUGGACUCUUUAAGACGCGCUCCGUGAAAAAUUGCGGGAAGCCAAGAGAACGUAGCCGAGGCACUAAAGAAAAAAAAAAGAGAAAAUCUCUUGUAAAUAAUACUUAUGUUAUUUCUUCCACCCGACGCAACUGUCCCGAAAGUCAUAAACGAUUCCUCGGAAGCUCCUGUAUUUAAAGAUCUAUAUCCAUUCCUAAAGUACACCACUGUAGAAUAGGAAUUUAUUAUGUGUACACGCAUAAGUAUCGCUCUAAUCCGCAUUUACUCGAGACUGUCCUAUCGGAGAAUGCACGGUCAUUAACACGUAUGUAUAUCGCGCAGGGGGAUAACAGAUCGUAAUAAAAUAUCGCAAGGGAGAAGUGUGCGCUCUUAAAUCCUCGAGAACUGACUAAAAAAAAAAGGCUUUGAAAUGUGCGCUUGUUUAAAAAGCGUCGGCAGAAACUCACGGCGACAUAAAUAAUUAUUUAAUGAAACGAGACUACCGUUACAUAUUUACAAGUUACAAGAACUGUCGUCGCUGAUCGUGCAUAUUACGUGGCGCAUUUAAAGGCGCACGAUGCGAUAUUUUAUUACGCUCUCCUUCUUCUCCUUACACCCCCUUCAAUGACCGUUGGCUACCGUCGAAAAUUACUAGAAACGGCACAAGACGUUUGACAUAUAAAGGGCUUGAAAUGUGUCAUUUUUGGAGACUGGCGAGCUGGCGAGCGAUCUGGGAUGCUGCGACGUGCAAUAUCUGUAACGUGAGAAUUACGUUAGUAACGACGAGAGUGCGUUGCAGCACUUCUGAAUAACAAAUUGUUUUUUGUGAGAAUUACACGGUAGCGUGUUGCAAAAGUAAAAACGACCAACGGAGGAAGAUCCCGCCGAAUGGCACAUUCUCGGAUCGUUCGGUCGCGCCCGCCGCUGAUAUCGUCGCGUCUGCCAUUGCGGUGAGUUAAAUUGCGAAAUGUUGAAAGUGUAAAAUUUUAUCGUUAAUACUUGAGGAUAGCUCCUCUGUGAACUCUGCGGGUAUAUGGCAGCACUACUCUCGUUGCUGGCUUAUUCAUUCGUUUAACUCCGACGCCUCUUUGCAUCUUGAAACGUCUACGAACCACUUAGAACCCAAAAGACUUAUUAACUCGAACUUUAUAAUAUAUCUAAACGUUAGGACAACUGUAAGCUGGAAUCAAAGUGCGUGUUGUGCGUGGCAUGGAUACUUGUUAGAGCGAAGCAUCGCGAGCUGUAAAAUGCAUAUUUGUAGAAAUUAAAAAAGAAGUAUCACUCUUUUAUUUAAACAAUUUCUUGUUAUUAAAAUUAUUAUUCUUAUUAACACACUAACUAUAAAUUGCAAAAUUUUAAUGUUGGAAUAUUAUUUUAAUUUGAAUUUAAUUCACAAUAAUGUAUCUUUAAUCAAAUCGCGAUACUUGGCCGCAAUUCUUGCCAGAAUAAUGGUAUGCGUUGUCACAAAAAACUGCUUCCUCUCUUACUUCUGACCUCCAAUCUCAUGUAGAUACAGGUGCAGAUACGAGACAAUUUAAUUACGUUUCAUAUUACUAAGACCACGUGAAUAAAGUAAAUUUACGUUAAAUUUAAAUUUUCACAAGAAUCAAAUACAGACAAUCUAAUGGUUGCUGAUAAUAUUAUGGACCAUCUAAAUAUUUUUCCUCUUUUUGGAAUCAAUAAGAGUUUAUACAACGCGUUUUCUCUUAUUGCUCAUAUUUUUAUAAAGGUGUUGGAGAGGUGAUAAAAUUUUAUUGAUCACACAACAAAGUUGUUGAGAUGUUCUAAUUCUGUUAAGAGCAAUAGCUGCUGUUAUUUCAUUUCUGUUAACUUCUCACGAUUUAUGCAUCUUGCAAAUUUUCCUAUUUAUUUGCAAGAAUUAUUACCAAUUUUAAAUGGAAGAUGUAGCGUGACCGUUAAAUGUCUCUUUCGUGUCGAUCGAGUCGAGAGAUCGAAGGUAAGAUAGAGAGGAAGGACAAUGGGACAGAAAUCAGAAGAAACAAUUAGUUAACGUGUGCCACCGUGUCAUAUCAAGCCUAUAUCAUCGUGUUACAUCAUAUAUAGCUAAGCAGAAAAAAAAUAUUAUCGUUAAUUGACACAAUUGUUAACACAGAACGAAUGGGGGCAUGAAUGUGUUGAGCGUCUGGUGAAUGCAUUUUUAAAAAACCGGCAGCAUUAUUUUUUGAACGUAGAAUUUUUUAACAAAAUCGAAUAUAACUCCGGAUACUUAUCUCACUUUUACACAAUACUUGACAUUUUUUAAACCUUCGACUUUUACUCAUUCUUGAUUAGCACUGUGAAUACACGAAUCCACUUUCGAUGUUUCAACUCUUUGAUAUACGUCACGAAACUCGAUAAUAAUCUUAACUUGCAAUUUCUGUUUCGCGAAAAGCCGCAAGGAAUGUGUGACUAUGUGCACGAACGAGGAAUGCGACAGACACAGACAAAGUAUCAGAUCGAAUUUCUUGUUGACAUAUUAGAUUCUACUAACGUAAUAUAACGGUAUAACUUAUGAUAGUAAAGUAUUAUCCGAUCACUUCACGAAGAUCCUUUCGGUACAAUUGAUGUCGUAGAAUUUUUGUCGUCCACGGUGUCGUCGAAACGGUAAAAAAAAGUUCGAAUGAGAUAAGUGGAGAAGAGGGGGAGAGGAUAUAAUUGUGUAUUUUGCAACAGAUUGCGCCUAAAUCAUUAGAAGCUUAAUAAACAGUAGGAUAAUAAGCAUUUGUUAAAUUUUAGGUUUAAUUUCGAUUUCACUUACAUAAGAAGAUUUAGAUAUCUUGCGGAUUUUGAAAAGUUUGAUAUUAAGUCGUAGAAUCUGAUGUGGAAAUAAUAUGUAAUUCAGAUGUCAAUGGAUUCAAAUUAGAUUUUUUUAUUCAAGAUUGAUAUAAUAUCUUUUCUUCUUUAAUAUUUAUUUUUUCUUAUGUUUUUAAAUUUUACAAAACAAACUUCUUUUUAAAUUAAUUUAUUUAAAAAGGAAAAUAAAAUAUUUAACAAGAUUAAAAUAUAUUGAAUUUUUCAAAUAUGUAGUGUUUAAUAGAAACUGCGAAUUCGAAACUCGAGUUACUCACUUGGAGGAGAUUAGACUGAACUUCUGCGAAGCUUUGGGCAUUCUUUACAACAGCUAUUACACACGCAAGCAUUCUAAAAUUUAAAAUUAUGUAAUUUUAAACACCUUUUGAUCCAUCGGCACCAGAAUGUUACAUUACUUUUACGACAUCAAAUUUUAUUUAUCUGGUAUUUUUGUACGUGGACAGCUAGUGAUUUUACAGAUUAUGAUGUUUUAUAUUUCUUGAACGGUUUUUAAAAGACAAUUUUUGAGAGUGUUUUGAAAACGUUUUGAUAAACAUCUACAACUUUUAUUUAAAAAAAAAAAUUAAAUUUUAUUUAAGAAAUUAGUUGCUUCUAAAAUUUUUUGAAAAUAACAUUUACGAUAUGAUUCUGACUCAAAUCAAAAUCAUGUACUUUUCUUCAAACUAUAAACAACUUUUAUUGUUUCUAAUUAAAAAUAAAAAAAAAUUUGAGAGAGAUUUAUUGAAAUAGAACAUUUUAUAUAUAUAAUAAUGAUCAUAAUAUAGCUUGUUCUAAAUAAUAGAAUAAUAAACAUUAUAAGGCUAAUCAAAAUAAAUAAUAUUUGAUGUUUUAUAAAAUUGAAAGAUUUAUUUAAUUUUUUCGAUAAGAAAAAUGUCGAAUUUUAAUACUGAAUCUUAAUAUUCAACUUUCCAAAAUUUAUAAGAUAUCUGAAAUACUCUUAUUAGCCAUGAAAUUAAUGUUACUUGACAUUGUGACAUCCCGCUUGAGUUUAAAUUUAUUUUUAUGAAUGACGUCAAUUAAAAUUAUUAAUGAUUGAAUAUAAAUAGUUAAUACUUAACUUCUAUUAAUUUUUAAAUCUCCCUUUAAGCCUAAAGUCCUCCCAAAAAUAUCGUUUGAGGCAAUAUAAGGCUUAAUUGCGCAUUAUCAUGAUUUUUUGCCAAAUAAUUAUCCAUCAGUUAUUAUUGAAAUCCUCCCCUUGAACCUCAAAUUCAUACGGCAUUUAAGGUGAUCCUAAGGUGAGACUGCAGAGUGAGACAAGAGUGAGAGGCCGAAUGAAAGAAAGCGAAAGGGAAGCGGUCCCGUUAUUAUUUUUUGACUCGUGACUAUUAAGUGUCCACGAUAAGAAAAUACCAAAAAAAAA